AUGGCCGACCCGGUCCCCUAUACGAAUGGGCACUCUUCGCCGGUCGCGUUCGAUACUGCUAUGCCGUCCGCUCCUUCACCGCCUAGCGAAGACGCGCUCUCCGAGACCCAACAGGCUGCCGCCGCAUCAUCGGAUGAAGAUGGAGAUGCCGACGCUGAUGGAGAGGAAUAUGAGGAGGACGAGCAGAUGGAAGUUGAUGCAGAGUCUUCAGAAGACGCCGAGGGCGAGGCAGACAGUGAUUUCGGCUCUGACAGCCCGCCGCCAGAAGAGGACCGCCGCCGGGCCCGCAGCUCGACAUCGCAUGGUUCAAGCCGGCCCAGCAAGCGCAAAGCCAGCGUAGAGGAUGAUUUCGAGGCGAACCCAGAGCUAUACGGCCUGCGUCGAAGCGGCCGAGCACGUCCAACCCGCCGCAUUGUCGAUAGCAGCGAUGAAGACGAUGGUUCAGAUUCUGAUGUGCCGCGUAAGCGCCAAAAGACCACCUCGCGAAAAGCCUCUAACCAACCUACACCCGUUUACCGCUCCCCUAAUACCGAUUCCGAUGAAUCCGAUGGCUUCGUUGGAGCCCGACGCAACAUCCCAAGCAAGAAGGAGCGACAGCGCCGGCAGCUCGUGGCAGAUGGCCAGCUGCCGCCUUCACAUGCGGAGGUCCGGUUCUCGCAGCGACGAACAAAAGCUGUGACGAAUUAUAACGAGGAUGGCGAGGACUCUUUCGAGGAAGAAGAAGAAGACGACAGGACACCCAACUAUUGGGCUACCACUGCCGAAGACACUGGCCCUGCUAUCGACAAGGUGCUGGAUCAUCGGCCGAAGCCCGAUGUUGAAUUGGAGCCUUACUCUGUUCAGAAGAAAGACUUUGAGUACCUGAUCAAAUGGAUGGACAAAGCUCAUUACCACUCGACCUGGGAAGAGCACAGUACGAUUGCCUCGUGCAAAGGCUGGCGGAAGCUAGAGAACUACUUCAAGGGACCCGUCAUGACCGACAUGCACAUACAUUUCCGCAAAAAGAUAGACCCCGAAGAGUUCGAACAGCACAUGGUCGCACGCGAAGGGCAACGUGAGAGUCUGCUGGACUUCCACGUUGUGGAGCGGGUAAUAGGCUCCCGCGAAGGCGAUGAAGAGACGGAAUACUAUGUCAAGUGGAAGGGACUGAGCUAUGAUAACUCUACUUGGGAGGUGGCUUCUCUGAUAAGCGACCUUGCACAGGGCGAAAUCGAUCGAUUCCUCGACCGCCAGACGAACCGACCUGUUUCCGAUCCCAAGGAGACCAGCCUGCAGACCCGCCGAAAAUUCAAACCCCUGGAAGAGCAGCCGGAUUAUAUUGUUUUCGGCAAGCUUCGGUCGUUCCAGCUUCACGGCCUGAACUUCCUUGCGCACAACUGGGUCAGAGGCACCAAUGUCAUCCUGGCGGACGAGAUGGGACUUGGCAAAACCGUCCAGACCGUGUCGUUCAUGAACUGGCUCAAGCAUGAUCGGCGACAGCAAGGACCAUUCCUUUGCGUCGUGCCCUUAUCAACAAUGCCAGCCUGGGCUGACACAUUCAACAACUGGACUCCAGACAUCAACUACGUCAUUUAUACUGGUGGAAGUGAAGCACGACGGAUCAUUCAGAACUACGAACUAUUAGUUGACGGCAAUCCGCGGAAAGUCAAGUUCAACGUGCUAGUGACGACGUAUGAGUACGUUCUCUUGGACUGGCAGUUUCUCUCGCAGAUCAAAUGGCAGUUUCUUGCUGUUGAUGAGGCUCAUCGGUUGAAGAACCGUGAAUCUCAGCUCUACGAAAAGUUACUUCAAUUCUCAGCCCCUAGCCGGCUUCUCAUCACCGGCACUCCCAUCCAAAACACCCUGGGCGAGCUAUCGGCGCUAAUGGAUUUUCUAAUGCCUGGCAAAGUCACCUUCGAUGAGAAUGUCGACCUGGCAUCCGAGGAUGCUAGCGUCAAGCUUGCGGAGCUCAGCGCGGCCAUCCAGCCUUACAUGAUCCGUCGAACGAAAGAGAAGGUCGAGAACGAUCUCCCGCCCAAAUCUGAAAAGAUUUUGCGAGUUGAGUUGUCCGACAUCCAGCUGGAGUACUACAAGAACAUCCUCACUCGCAACUAUGAAGCCCUGAAUGAGGGUGGCCAGGGCCAGAAGCAGUCGCUUCUCAACAUUGUUAUGGAGCUGAAGAAGGCUAGUAACCACGCCCUGCUUUUCCCGAACGCCGAAGCCAAGUUCUUGAAAGAAGGAGCGUCAAAGGACGAGACCCUCAAGACCAUCGUCACUACUAGCGGAAAGAUGAUGCUUCUCGAUCGCCUGUUGACGAAGCUGAGAGCUGACGGCCACCGUGUGCUUAUUUUCAGUCAGAUGGUUCACAUGUUGGACAUCCUAACUGACUAUAUGCGACUGAGAAACUACCAAUUUCAGCGACUGGACGGCACAGUUCCUUCGAGUGAUCGUAAAAUUGCCAUCGACCACUUCAAUGCUCCCGGUAGCGAGGACUACUGCUUCUUGUUGUCCACACGCGCCGGUGGUCUUGGUAUCAACUUGAUGACAGCCGACACCGUGGUACUCUUUGACUCGGAUUGGAACCCCCAAGCCGAUUUGCAAGCCAUGGCUCGGGCUCACCGUAUUGGACAACAGAAGCCUGUCACCGUCUACCGCCUGGUGUCCAAGGACACGAUUGAGGAGGAAAUCUUAGAGCGUGCUCGUAAUAAGCGAAUGCUCGAGUUCAUUACAAUUCAGCGCGGUGUCACAGAUCGUCAGCAGAAGGAACUUAGCGAUAAGAUGAAUCGUAUGGGAGGAGAGCCAAGCUCUGCAGAUGACAUCAACAACAUUCUCAAGCGCCGCGGUCAGAAGAUGUUCGAACAGUCGGGCAAUCAGAAGAAGCUUGAAGAGCUUGACAUUGAUGCUCUGCUGGAGAACGCAGAAGAGCACAAGACAGAACAAGUGGGCGGUCUGACCUCCGACGGCGGCGAAGAGUUCCUCAAGGCAUUCGAAUACACGGAUGUCAAGAUCGACUUGGAAUGGGAUGACAUCAUUCCCAAAGACGAGCUCGAUGUUGUGAAAGCUGAGAUCCAACAGCGCAAGGAGGAAGAGGAGACUCAGAAGCUACUCGAAGAGAGCGCGCCUAGGAAACGUAAAGCGCAUGCGAAUUCCGGAGACCGUGAACAGCGCGCUGCCAAGAGACGAGCGAGAGAAGUCAUGCCUGGAAGCGACGAUCAGUCGGACGAUGAAGGCCCCAAUAGCGACCCGAAGCGUCCUAUGGUCACAAACGAGAUUCGCAAACUUGUCCACGCUUCUUACCGCUAUGGUUCUUUCGAAGAGCGUGGCGAGGAAAUGAUGCGGGACGCGAGACUCGUUGGGCGCGAUGUGGAUGUUGUCAAGGCAGCCCUAGAUGUGGUCAUCGCCAGAGCUAAGGAAGAGAUCGAAAAGCAACGAAGUGACCUGAAAAAAGAGGGCGAAAGCAAGCUGCUCACCAAGAAGGACAAGAAGGCUGUGCUCUUUGACCAUGAGGGUGUCAAGAAGAUUAACGCCGAGACCAUCCUCGACCGUCCUGUUGAGAUGCGUGUUCUCAAGGAAGCCAUCACCAGUAUCUCGGACUGGCGUAACUUCCGGAUCCCCGAUGCCAUCAAGCCGGCCAGCUACUCUUGUCCUUGGGGUGCUCGAGAAGAUGGCAUGCUCAUGAUCGGUAUCAACCGCCACGGAUACGGGGCAUGGGUGCCUAUUCGCGAUGACCCAGACCUUGGUUUGAAGGAGAAGUUCUUCCUGGAAGAGAAUCGCGUGGACAAGAAAGAGGAGCGCAGCAAAAAAGAAGAGAAGAACGCCAAGUCGCCUGGCGCGGUCCAUCUUGUGCGCCGCGCAAACUACUUGCUCACGGUUCUGAAAGACAAGACUGGUGCCGACCCCAACGCAAAGCGUCUUAUGGAGAAUCAUCAUCGCAACAACAAGAAACACUUGAGCGCUACACGUCGGGCAGAGAAGGCGUCGAGCGUCUCGGCCAGUCCCGCUCCGUCCGGGUUGCGCAAGGGCAUCUCCCGUGAUUCGGAGAGGCCUUCCCACCGUGUCAGCAUCAGCGACAGCCGUCCUGAGCGACCUGAGAGCCGCCAGCGUGACAAAGCGACUCCGGACCACAGGCAUCGCCAGAGCGAUCAGUACCGGCCCUCUGAGGGCAGCCGCAAAGAACAUCGCAAUGACCGCGGAAGCAUCGACCGCCGCCCUCCACAUUCCAGUACACCUGAGAUUCGUCGCAAGAUCAGUGGUGAUGUGGCUGAUCGUCCUCGACAGUCCGAAGAGCGGCAUCGGCAUCACGACAAGCACCACGAUAAGCACCACUCUUCGCAUGGCCACGCAAACGGCCACAGUGGCCUCUCGCAUAGUGUUAAUUCUCCUUCUCACAAGAUCAAGGAAAUGAAGGCUGAUCCGGAUAUGGAGAAGGCUCUGAAACAGGUGCACGAUAACCUCGGCCGCCUGAAGAAGGCAACCAACAAGAACUAUCCGGACAAGCAGCAGCUGGUCAAAGUCCUCAAGAAGGAGCUUAUAGCUGUUGGCAAUCACAUCAACGUCCACAUGCGGACGAACCCCGUUCGCGGAAACGAACUCUGGUAA